GAAACUUUGAAUAUGAUGCUCGGCAGUCUGAUCUGGAGCGGCUUUUUAGAAGAUAUGGGAAGGUUGAUAGGGUGGAUAUGAAGUCUGUGAGGUGGCGGCAUGGAUUUUACAAUGUUGGCAUCAUGACUUGUAUCCCAGCAAGCUUCACCUGCCAGCCAAGAUUCAGUCUGAAGAGUUGGACCUUGAUAUGCGGCGCGUUGUUGAGCAUUUGUGGGGUGUUCAAGAGAUAUCUUUAAGAAAAAGAUAAAAGCAUAUAUUAUUUUGAGCAUCGACCCCAAUACUCAACAUUUUCUUUGGCGCAGGAUUAUUCUGGCAUAACCAUACUCUUCCAGGCUAAUGGAUCAGCUUUUCAGAAAUAUGUUACAUGUCUGUGAUGCACAUCUUCUUUUAAAGAAGAUUCAAUUUGGUCUCAAGUGGCACUACCAUUCCAUGUUUUACCUCAGUCACAUUUGCCUUCCAUUUUUCAUGCCUUUUGCCCAGCCUUCAACUUAUCAGACAUGUUUCAAGGUUGAAACAUUGCCAACCUCACUGCAGAGGCAGCGGAAUAGAUGAAGAAGUCACUCUAUUUCCAUUGACCUACCAUGAGACCUACACUUUUGGAUUCUUGUUCUUGACAUCAAUUUGUUCAUUACUCAAGGGUUUGCCUUCAUCUAUAUGGAAGAUGAGAGAGAUGCUGAGGAUGCAAUUCGUGCACUUGAUCGGGCAGAAUUUGGUCGGAAGGGACGAAGACUUCGUGUGGAAUGGACAAAACAUGAACGUGGCAUUAGAAGGCCUGGUAGUUCAAGAAGAUCUUCGGCAAAUUCAAGGCCAUCAAAGACUUUAUUUGUUAUUAAUUUUGAUACAUAUCACACCAGGACUAGGGAUUUGGAGAGGCACUUUGAGCCAUAUGGCAAGAUAGUUAGUGUGAGGAUUAGAAGGAAUUUUGCAUUUGUCCAGUAUGAAUCAUGUGAUGAUGCCAUCAGAGCAUUGGAAGCUACAAAUAUGAGCAAGUUACUGGAUCGAGUUAUCACAGUUGAAUAUGCUGUAGAGAAUGAUGAUGACAGGAGGAAUGCACAUAGUCCUGAUAGAAGCCAUGAUCGUCCACGUGAUAUAAGCUAUGAUAGAAAGCGAUCGCCCAGUCCUUAUCACCGAGAAAGAGGCAGCCCUGAUUAUGGUCGUGGCUCUAGUCCAUAUAGAAGAGAGAGGAGCAGCCCUGACUAUGGUCAUAGCCGUAGUCGAAGUUCCCAACAGAUUGAGAGAGGUAGCCCUGAUUAUAAUCAGAGGAGCCGUAGUCCAUAUGGAAGAGAGAGGGAUGGUUCUGACCCUGUUCAUGGCUCUAGCCAUAGUCCUCAUCAUAAAGAACGGGCCAGAAGUGACCGUGGCAAUUCUCACUCCCAUAGUCCUAAUGGAAGAGAGAGGGUAAGCCCUCAAAAUGGCAGUUCUGACCACAGUCCUCUCUAUGCAAAGAGGGCUAGCCCUGAAAAUGGUCACGGCUCUAUAAGUAGUCCUGAUGCAAGAGGCGAUGGCAGUCCUUACAAUGGUGAUGAAGGUGACCAAAGUUCCAUGCCUGAGCCCAAGGACAACACUAUUGAUGGUGCUCCUGAAAGCCCCAUGAAUGAAACAUACCGCAGCCAUUCUCCUGCUGCUGAAGAAUGAUCUAUCGGUCUCAGAAGCAAAAUCUGAGGUGUGAAAACUGGUUGGCAUGCUUUGUCAAAGUUGAACUGAAUUUAGCUUCAGGAAAAUGAUUUAGGGUAGAUGUAAGAAAGCACUAGAACUUGUCACUUUCAUUGCAUGUGCAAUCUAUUUUACAGUCGAGAAAGAUACUUAACUUCCUUAAAUUUAUGUUUUUGUUAUUGGAGUCCUGUGCCUGGAAAAGAUUACGCCUAUGAUACUCAUUUUGGGCACAAAAUUCAUUUAUGUUUGUGGUUAAUUUAGUCCUCUAUCUUCUUCGAUUGGCCA